UCUUCAGCUGCUCGCAGGAGGAGGAGGAGGUGGGAGGGGAAGUUACGACGUAGUAGCGACAACUAAGUUUCCAGCGACUCAGCCAUCACGGUCUGAAACUUUUUUAUGAAAUGAACUCGCUCGGCGGCUGCGGAGAGGAUUUAAGCAGCGAUAGGACGCCGUGAUCUAGGGUGUUUUAUUUCGGCGGGGGGGCUCGGUCCGGCCCGGAGAAGCUGAAUAUGGGUCAGACUGCUGUGUCUGCCGUGUCUCAGUCUGCGAGCGUUGAUGGGUUGGAGAAAUCAUCAUCACUGGCCAGCUGUGACGUUGUGGUGAACAGCGCCACCAAUACCCAGAAUGCACCUGCGUCACGGCAGCAGAGAGGCAAGCUCUCAUCUAUAGGUAAACUGUUCAAACCCUGGAAGUGGAGGAAGAAGAAGACCAGCGACAAGUUCCAGGAUCUUUCCAAAGUUCUAGAGAGAAAAAUCUCCACCAGACAAACGCGGGAGGAGCUCAUCAAAAAAGGAGUUCUCAUCGCUGACCAAGAGGAAACAAUCAGAAGUGAAAAUCAGAAUGGCCACGCCACCUCUAGUGUGACAUCGGAAGAGGUCAAAGUUGACAUUGAGUCUCCAGAAACGGCGCUGGAGGAACAGGCCAGCGGACCCGUCAGCACCGAGGACAAAACAGCCAAAUGCUCCCAGCCAAAGAAGACGGGAUUCACAACAAAAACCGCCCCCGCCCCCGCCUCCACCUCUCGUUCUCGUGCGUCUAAGGACGAUGCAAAGCAGAAUGAAGGGACCAAUGCAAGGACCAACCAGAAACCAAACACUCCCACCUCUUCCUCCGUACCUCAAAAGCCCCCCGCAGAGACUCGUAGACAGCCUGCGGAGUUAAAAUGCUCACCCCUUUCCUCAGACACGAAGCCUGCCUCAUCUAAAGUCUCAGGCAAUACCACAGAGGACACUCCGGCUUCUCAAGCUGCUCUAGAGCACAAAUCUGCUUCCAAUGCCUCGACUGCUGGUGGGACCCACAAGGGUAUGGCUCCUGAACCCACUGUCCAGUCUCUCCACAUCAACAAUACUACAGAGGACACUUCCUUUACAGAGGGAGACACGGGAACGGGAGGGGAGGGAAGAGAAGAAGAAAAGAAGAACGGAGAAAAAGAGUCUGCUGUGGAGAACAGCCCGAGGUCUGCAGAGGGCCCCGCUGAGAGGCCACAGGGCCUCAGUGUGAACACGGAGCACGCCGAGGUGACGGUGAUCCCUGAUAGGCCGAGAUACAGCCAAACUAGCGACUCUGACUCCGACGGACCAAUCCUGUACCGCGAUGAGGAGGAAGACGAGGAGGAAGACGAGUACACAACCAGCGCUCUGGCUAUUAAGAUCCGCCGACGAGACACCCUGAACAUCAAGCUGGGGAACAGACCCAGCAUGGCGGACCUGGAGGAGAAAAACAUUCUGCCGCGGAGCUCCAUAAUUGAGAGACAUGAGCUCCGCCAGAAGAUAGGCUCCAAUCUGGUCAGGCGCCUGAGCCAAAGACCCAGCACAGAGGAGCUGGAGCAGAGAAACAUCCUCAGGCAAAAGAAUGAAGCCGAGGAGCAAGAAGCCAAGCAAGAGAUUAAAAGGAGACUCUCCAGAAAGCUGAGCGUGAGGCCUACAGUGGCAGAGCUUGUCGCUCGCAGGAUCCUGUGUUUUAACGAGUAUGUGGAGGUAACGGACGCCAAGGAUUAUGAUCGUCGCGCCGACAAACCCUGGACACGGCUUACUCCCGCUGACAAGGCUGCUAUCCGUAAGGAGCUGAAUGAGUUUAAGAGCCGAGAGAUGGCCGUUCAUGAAGACAGCAAACAGUUCACCAGAUUCCAUCGGCCGUAAGUGCUCUCACUGCCAGCUGGACGUCAGCAGCACAAGCUCUCCGGUCCACAGCUCCCAGCAGCCUCAGUACACAGCUCAGUCCAAUUUGCUUUGGGAUCCUCCUGCGCCUGAUGAUAUGUAUUUCUCUCUAUAGUGACAGCUACAGGUGUGUCUUAAGGUCCCUGGCCAUCCAUGGACACCAGUGAAACAUUUGCACAUAUCUCUAGUCAGAACAGUUGUGUGUGUGUGUGUGUAUAGCGCUCUCAUUAGAUUAUUUAUUGUAGAUGCCCAGAACCUGCUGGUUUAUGAUGUGCUUUGUUUGUUGUCUUUGGUUCACUUCAGGCCUUGUCGUGGCAGGUUACAGGGAGAACCUCUUAGCAGUUACUUAAUUGUACUAAAGCGUGUACUUGCCAAGGUAUGCUUUGUCAUAAACAGCCAAAUGGCCACAUACGAGCGUCCCUCUAGUACAGGAAAGGGCAGUGAUUGGACGGUUGUGUGCUGAUGUCAGAGCCUAUGUCAUAGAUCAGAGGGGAGGCAGUUUGCUCUGAUGUGCCUCUCGGAGCUCAAUCUGAAAUACUGCAGUUCAUUUUUAGACAUAUUUAAAGUAUAGUGCCACUAGAGGGCAUUACAUCAUCAGAGUUAUAUACUGUGAGGGAGAAGAUGUGUAUGUAGAUGUAGAUGUAGGUGUUAUAUUUAUAACUGCUGAAGCUGAAGGGUCGCUGGGCACCGGAGGCCCUGACAGCGAGGUGCGAUGGAAAUCGCUCCAAUUCCAGCCAGCUGUAAUCCCUCAGCGCUCCUCCUGAUGAUACAUGAUGAUCAUGUACCGUCAUAUAUCUUGUGUUGAGUUAUUCAGUGCAAACCUCCGAACACAAAGUGCCGGACUUGAUAUUAGAUCGACUUUCCAAGCUUUGCCUUCAGUUUCUGGCUGGAGCUCUCACUCCGAGUGCCUCGGUAGCAAAGAGAAAGCGUGAGUCUGAUUGUACGUUAGCCUUCUUAUUUGAAAGUUCAGAUGUUGUUUGGCUUCCUUCGACGGUUUCAUGAAAAGAGAACAGGCACUGAGAGUUUCUUCGAAGAAGUCAAAGUACUUUAUUUUCCAUUUCCUCCCAACGUUUAAUCUGUCUGCCCAUGAUGGAUACGCGAGGAGAGAUUUGCUGACGAGUGGUCCUUUUUACACCUUGCCCUAACAUGCACCUUGAAUCCAGAGAUGUGAUGGACAGUUAUAUGAACAGAAUUCUCUUUUAAAGCUGAGAAUUUAAAGGUAUUGUUUAACUUUCUGGGAAAUACACUCGAUUUUACAAAACUUAAACGGGAACUAUUUUCAUAAUCGAUUUAUAAUUUCAGCCGGUGACAUCACAAUUUAUUUCCUGGCCCAUUUUAUAUCCCAGUGCUCUCGUGGAAAGACUUCCAUACGUCUGGAUUGAUUUGUAAUGUAAGGAGAUUAAAUACAGAUGACAGAGUAACUCCACUCAUUGUCUAAAUGUGCAGACACACAGAAAUGUAGUGUUUAGAUUUAUGCUUUGUUAAUAACGUUGGAUCACUGCUCAUCUUUGGUGCAUUUAUAGAUUUCCUGCUCCAAGAGAUGUAUGUUAAUGCAAAAUGCAAAGGUGAUCCGUCUGUAGUGAUUAGUUUUUGUGUGAAUGUGAAAGAAAGCUCCCAAAAGUCAAAGGAGAAACACAGAAAGGAAAGUGAUCGAGCUCGCUGACGUCCAAAGGCUCGUGUUCUCAUAAUGGAGCGCCAACCUCGACAUCCUUCGUCAUUCUCACAAAUAGUAACUGAAAAGGACACAAUUAUUCUUUGUGCUUCUGAAUGUUGCAACAUGAAAUCAUGUACAGCGAUGGAAAAACAACAGUAUUCAUGUCGAUGUCUGUCGUUAUAUAUAUAUUGAUUCUUUUGUACAUAAUGUAUAUCGAGCAUGUGCAUACAUUGAAAUCCAUUUUACGACCAAUACGAUACAAUUGAACAUGUAAAUGUUUUAAAGCUCCGAUUUUAGUCGUCUUAUUUUGUUAUUACCCCCCCCCCCCCCCCCCCCCCCGAUAAUAAUAACGACCGUGCUGUUUCUGCGCAGCACAUUGAGAACCUGUUUCCUUAAAUAGAUCAUGGACAAGCCAUUACAAAGAUCAUGGUGAAUCUCUCGCUGCUUAUUUCAUAUUCUGUUGCAGCCUUCACUGUAACUGAAGUCAGCAGGUGCAAUGCAGUAAGUAUUUGAUGGAUGAAGACUCAGUUUAAAAGCCAUUUAUAAUCCGUUCUGGGCUUCACUUUUGAUUUAUUUCUUCAGAUAACCAUAGGUCACCUUGCACAAAGUAGGAAGAAGCAAACAGGAUGUAACUUGAAAUUCUAACUACAUUGGUUAAAGCACAGUAUAUAAAUCAGUUGCGUUUUAUACGAGUGAUCGGGUGCACAUAGUGUGAAUUCCAUAUUUCCCCAUGUACUAAGUCCUUACAGCGGCGGCCCAGGGUCGAAUCCGACCUGCAGAUCUUUGCUGCAUGUGGUCCGCCUUUCCUGUCUCUCUUCAGCUAUACUAUAUAAUAAAGGCAUAAAAAAACAGCCAAAAGAUAGCUUGUAUAAAGCUGAAUAUAAUGCAAUGCACACUUAAACAUUUUAAAUGCACAAAUGAAAAGUCUUACUUGGUGGAACAGCUUCGAUGCCGUCAUGGUGGAGUAAAAUGAAUGUGCUGCUUGCAUCGCCGUAGGAAAGUUAAUCAUUUAUUUAUUUGAUCUUAAGCCUAGUUAGCAUUUAUAAGCAGUAUAUAGUGAUGAUGAGUGGAUGGUUAUGUAGCUGUAAGCAGAUAUGAAGACUUUUUAUCACCACAUUUGUAUAACGAUCACGUGACGGUGUGAUGGAGGUCGCUCGCAAUGAUGAACCUACAUAAAAAUAUCAGCUUUAUAGCGAGUUUCUGCUCAUUAUUUAGGAGUUAUUGCAGGUUUUAGUGUUUUAUAAUGUAUAUAUGUAAACUUUAAGUCCUUAUCAUUAAGCAUCCACAACUGUUAAAUAAUCAGGAAAAUACUUUAUAAAAUAUAAUAUAUUCGUAAACGUCUUUAUAUUUUCUUACAACUACGUAAUAGUGUGUUUUAAAAAGCAUUUAUAAAGUGUUUGAAUACUGCUUAUAAAUGCUACAUAGAGAGGUUAAACCUUUAGGAAGCUUUGUGGUAUCUGUUUUAAUACUCAGGUGACUUUAUAAUAAAGGUGUGGACUGUCACCACUUCUUUAUUUAAGUGUUUCUCUGCAACACGUGUUUCGUCUCGUCAGAGCAGUCGAGUUUGUGGAAGAGUUUUGACAGAUGGUGUUUACUGUUAAGUCAUAACCAGUCAGUAUUAAUCACAAGGAGCGAGUCCUGGAGAAUCUUUUUAUGGCUGCAGUCUGUUUCAUCUCAUCUUGUUUGGAACUGUACAAAUAAAACACAAUAAAUCUUCUGAGACGCAAAGAAAAGCUGCAACACAGCCCACAUUUCUUUACGCCGUCGAUGGUGUUGAAUAUGUGAAAACAAGCUAACAAACAAUUCCUGCCAUUAGAUUAAACAAAGUUUCCAGUUUUAGCAUUUUGACACUUGCUUUUCCCGGCAGCUGCUGUUAGAUUGCAGAUUUACUAAAGUAAAAUGUUUACAUUUGAGGAUGUCUGCUCUUGUAACGGUGCUUGCGGCUUCCUUUGUCACUUCCACAACAUCAAAUCGGAGCCGUGAUGAAACUGCUGCCGCUGUCGACCCGAAGCCUUUAAUCUUCAACGUGUCAUCUUUUCUUGAUCCUGUGAAAUCCACAGUAAUCGUGAUUUGUUGGAGAUUCACGAGUGUCAGUCACAAUAUAAACCCUCUCAACUUUAAAGACAUUGAUUUCUUUUUCUUUUUUAUUGAUCUGUGAAGUCAUAGGAUAAUGUCAUAUAUUCCCAAAACAGCUCCUGCUGCGUCCACACUAUGUAUAUUGUUUUUGUAUAUAAAGAAUCAUGGAAAAACUA